GCAGCCUCAUGCUCAAUCAUUAGAAUCUUUGUUGUUCUUAUACAGUCCGUGUGAGAGGAAUUUAAGCAGUUCUGCUCUUCAGAUUAGUUUCCUCCACAUCGAACAGUCCCUUCGGAGAAUGGUCUUCAGUCAGACGUCACAGCCAAUCGCCCGGCUGCCCAGUCACUGUGCUGUGUUUAAAAAAAAAGGAGAGAUGAAGCAGAGCUGGGAGGCAGCAGAGCUCAGAGCUGACUCACUUUAGGAUCAAUCUGCUUCUAACUUACAGCCGUGGCUCUGUCUGUAUGCAGCAGCCUCUGUGUUGAAGAGUUCACUUUAAGUAGUCAACAACUAGUCACUGAGGAGAAGAAUUAGAAGGAAAAAUGGAUUCAGAAUCUGGAGAACUGAGUGAAGGGGAUAUGUCUCCAGCAGGAACUGAAUCCUUUAAUUCCAAAAGCUUGGCCCUACAAGCACAGAAGAAAAUCCUCACCAAAAUGGCAACUAAGACAGUGGCCAACAUGCUCAUUGACGACACAAGUAGUGACAUCCUGGACGAGUUGUACAAAGUAACCAGAGAGUACACAAAUGACAAGAAGGAAGCCCAUAAAGUCUUGAAGGAUUUGAUCAAGAUUGCUUUAAAAAUCGGGAUCCUCUACAGGAACAAUCAGUUUAACCAGGACGAAGUGGAGAUUGUGGAUAAAUUCAAGAAGAAGUUAAAUCAGGCAGCAAUGACAGCAGUGAGUUUUUAUGAGGUUGAGUUCACGUUUGACAGAAGCGUUCUGGCAGAGCUGUUGAACGAAUGCAAGGAUCUGCUGCAUGAGCUGAUCGAACGCCAUCUCACUCCCAAAUCCCACGGUCGCAUCGAUCAUGUGUUCAGACUCUUUGCAGACAUGGAAUUCCUAUCUGAUUUGUACAAUCCCAAUGGCCCAUACAAAGAGUCGCUGCAGAAAAUCUGUCAAGGUGUCAACAAACUGCUCGAUGAAGGAAUCAUCUGAACUCUGCAGCCCCCCAAAAGAGGAAAACAUUUGACUUUUUGCUGCACAGAACAUCCAUUCAUCAUUUAAUGGACCACUUCCGUUGUUUGUAUCUGGGUGCCACAGCGAAUCCUUUUGUCUGAAUGUUAUACUCUAGGUGUUUGCAUUUAAAAACAAACCAGUUUGUGAAUUAAAUUUGUUGUUUUGAAGAAAGAGUAAAUUAUCUGCUGUGCCAAUGUAUGUUGAAGAGCUUUUGUUAAAUUGCUUUUUCACUUGCACACAUUGAAAUGCUUUGAAUACUGCUGUUUCCAGAAUCUAAAGUAUAUUCCAGCAUAGUAACCCAGUUUAUAGUUGGAAAAUGUAUUACGGAAACUCAAACAAUCUAUGGAAUAUUGCUCCAACAAUUUUGAAAAUCCAAGAACAAUAUAGGCCAAUAGGUAUCAUAGCUGCUUUAAGAGAAUUGGGGUGUCUUUCAGUACAGAAAGACCUUCAGUUCAUUGUGACUGUGCUGGCCCUCCAAAUGCCAUUCACUGUGUCCUUUUUCUAUCCAUUCUCCAUUUUACCUGUUGCCUUUUAAAAGCUAUUAUAGAUAGUGCUUCUGUUAAGAUGUUACACUUUAAAGAAAAUUAAAUUUUCAUACCUUAUCAGUCAGAGAUCAAGUUGAAAAAUAUACACAUGACUUGGUGUCUCAAAGAGAGCCCUGGUGUUUCACUAUGGUUUUAAAAAAAAGCCUAAUACUCACAGAAUCUAAGAGACAUGAAACGUGGGUCCAGAAUUCUGCGCCACGUUUAAUAAUUUAUAAAACCCAGGGGGCUGGUCUUUGUGUUUGAUCUUCAGCACCAAGGUUGACAUAUUCAGGAAGGAAAGUUCUUAAAUGCACAGGUAAAUGCUGAAGAAAUGACCAGAGCUGUGAUUCUGUUGAAGCAGCAUAGUCCUUUGAGUAGAGUACAAAUGUGUCUCAAAGUGGCAAUACAAUGGAAGGAAGCAAGUAACCUACCAGCACUAUCACCUAGACCUGGAUGGAGUGGACGUGGAGAGGAUGUUUCCAGUAGUGGGAGAGUCUUAGAACCAGAGGGCACAGUCUCAGAAUAGAAGGGCAUCCCUUUAGGACAGAGAUGAGGAGGAAUUUCUUUAUCCAGAGGGUGGAGAAUUUGUGGAAGUCAUUGCCACAGACAGCUGUGGAGGUCAAGUCACUGGGUAUAUCUAAAGUGGAGGAAAUAGGUUCUUGAUUAGUAAGGGCAUCAAAGGUUACGGGGAGAAGGCAGGAGAAUGGUGCUGAAAGGGAAAAAUAAAUCAGCCAUGAUCGAAUGGCGGAGCAGACUCGACGGGCUAAAUGGCCUAAUUCUGCUCCUAUGUCUUAUAGCCUUAUGGUCUAGAACGACUAAUUGUGAGAGCAUCACCAGAGUGCUAUGUCAGAGUUUCUAAGGGAGGAUUAUUUGAUUAAAAGCAGUGUGAACAUUUUUCUCCUAAAUGUCUGAAAUUUUCCCUUUUUGAGAGGAUCCCUUCAAGAUUCUGGAGGUUUUUGGAUUGCAUAAGAAUAGAAUUCUAGGUUCUUAAUACUGGUUUUGUCUUAAGUGAAGUCACUAUUCCUGCACUGUAAUAGGAUCUAGAUCUUGAUCUUCGUUUCCAAGUAAUGAAAGUGGUAAUCAAAUCUGAAAGAUCAUCUUGCUUCACAAAUUUACUCUUUUGCUCACAACCUUUUGUUUGCACUGUUUUUUAACAGCUUUUGCACAUACCCAAUGUGUCCAUUUCCGAGGCAACCGAAAUUCCUGCUGAAACAACUGCAGCAAAGGACAAGCAGCAGCAAAGCUGCAGGUUUGGGGUGUGGGUUUCUGUCACAGGUAUCCUCAUGUUCAUCUGGUUUAAUCACAUUUAUGAGCAAAUAUUGAAUCUAUAAAUUUUUUGAAGUCUUGCUUUAAAACCAAUAAUCCUUUGAGACGUUGGUCAGCGCUAUUUUGUAAUCAGAUUGGGCAAUGAACACAGCUCACUGCCCAUCAAUACGAGGCUGUCAAUUGACUGUGUCAGGAUUCACACGAAAAGAAAAUCUUGGGAUGGCAAUCAUUGCCAAAUGCAUCACAAGCCUGAGUAAAGCACGAUUAGUAAGAUUAUAACAAAAAUAAGAUCAACUGGAGAUGCACAUUCUGCUUACCAUGUGCAAAUCCAUAACACACAGCUGGCAACCUUUGUCAAAUGCUGAUUUAAAACUUUCACUCAUAAGUCAUCAGCUUACUGUGAAGACAUAAUUCAGGUCUUCUGUGUCAACUGAAUUUGUGCAAGAGUUGUUAAUAUCUUUGUUUCUAAUGAACCAAGUGGAUAAUAACCCUGUUAAAGCAAACAUCUUUUUACUGUUUAAACAAACUUUUGUUGUAUAAAAUAUUUUCAGUGAUUUAUUCACUCUUGACCUCUCACAGAAUUUUGUUACCAAUAAGCUCAUAUAAUCAUGAAAUCAAGGAAAUCAAAAAAAAAUAUUGCAGACAGGGAACAAGGUGGUGCAGUGUUUCAGUCACUGGCUUUUUGCCUUUAGGUUCCCAGUUCAAAUCUACUGCAGACUGAUGUAAUGAAUGUCUCCUUUGUCUGUUAACUGCAAGGGUCCUAUGUGAAAUGAAUAUGAGCAUUCUCAAUCCAGUUUCUAGUGCGUACAAACCACAGCACAGAACAGCACUGAUCGACAAUCAUCACUCAGACCACAGGACUGCUGGUCCGGAAAAUAGGAGAAAUGUUACAUUGAUGUAAUAGAGGCUGCUGAUUCAUGGCUUGGCAAAGGAGCCUCUACUCUGCAUUUGAAAGUGCUAUAAUGCUCGAUGCUGCUAUUCAAUGACUGCAAUAGGAAAAUGAAUUUCCCAGGACUAACAUUCCUCAACUAUUUGUUAGCAACCUGUGAUAAAACUAUUACAUUGCAACAAUGUACUUAAUCAGCGGACUAAUAAAUAUUAUAACAGUUGUGUCCCCUUAGCCAGAGGAAAUCCCACUGUAUUCUAUCCAAAAUAAAGUAGAAGUUGCAUUGUUA